AUGGACGGAGAUCUGAGCCUUUCUCAGUCUCUCGGCGGGCUACGCAUUGCCAACCCGGACAAUGCGUCUACAAAUACCUCAGAGGGCCCCUCGACCUCCUCUAUGAAACUGUCCUCCAUAGGCCAUGAUGCCCCUGAAGCUCCCGUCGGCCCUGAACAGCCUCAGCCUAGCAAUCCAUCAGUAGAGACUGGUCCAAGCCCCGCACAGCAAGCAUCGGCUUCGAAUACAAAUCUCCACGAUUACUCGGGAAAUUCACCGCCGCAGCUCACCGCCAAUAUACUGCCCAAUAUGGGUCACCAUGCCUCCCGUCAAUCGGUCUGCCUCCCGCCCAACCACCAACCAUCUUCGCGGGGUGAACCCUACCGCCUUCGAACGGACUCAUCUCUCUCUGCCACAGAGUACCCGUCCAGGAUCGACUCUCGCGGUGGCUCUGCAGCUCUCCAGGCUGGUGUACUUCCUCGAGACGAAGGUCACACCGAUAGAUCUUAUGCAUCAACAAAGCCUUUUCCCCGCGGCGGGGCUCCUUUACCACCUAGACAGAGCUCCCGUAGAGCUCCCAACACGUCCAUACCUCCUGUUCCAGGCUCCUACGGUAACGAAAAUGCUCCCCUUCAUAGCUCGGAGGAAUGGCAGGAGCGCGGAGCUGCUGUGGGCGUGCAGCAAGAGAUCGAUGCAAAUGGGAAACCCGUUGCUAGAUAUGUGAAAAAAGGUGUCAGAGACUUUGUUUUUGGUCGCACGCUCGGUGAGGGGUCUUACAGUCAGGUUGUUGCCGCCACGGACCGCCAGACUCUCAAGGAAUAUGCGAUCAAGAUCCUCGAUAAACGGCAUAUCAUAAAGGAGAAAAAGGUCAAAUACGUAAAUAUCGAAAAGGAUACGCUGAAUCGCCUGACCGAUCACCCGGGAGUUGUCCGGCUAUACUACACCUUUCAGGACGAGCGGUCGUUGUACUUUGUGCUCGAUCUUGCUGGGAGUGGUGAGCUGCUCGGUGUUCUCAAACGGAUGGGCACCUUCGAUGAAGAAUGCACUAAGUUUUAUGGAGCUCAGAUUUUGGAUACAAUUGGAUACAUGCACCGGCGUGGAGUCAUCCACAGAGAUCUCAAGCCAGAGAAUGUCCUGCUGGACAACCAGAUGCACGUAAAGAUCACCGAUUUUGGUACAGCAAAGAUCCUCAGUAUGCCCUCCCCCAAGGAUGGAGGGAACGAUAAUGGAAUCCCUUCAAUGGAUACGCUGGAGGAUGACAGGGCGAGGUCUUUCGUUGGUACUGCAGAAUAUGUCAGUCCAGAGCUUCUGACAAACAAGAGUGCAUGCAAAGCCAGUGACCUCUGGGCGUUUGGCUGCAUAAUAUUCCAGCUCCUUGCGGGUAGACCCCCGUUCAAGGCUGCCAAUGAAUACCUCACCUUUCAAAAGAUUGUUGCCCUCGAAUACGAGUUUCCAAAGGGCUUCCCAUCUACCGCUAGGGACCUGGUAGAGAGACUACUUGUUCAUGAUCCCAACACUCGACUACAGAUCGAGCACAUCAAGAACCACGAGUUCUUUAACGGCAUUACCUGGGGACGGGAGCUCUGGAAACAAAAACCACCUAGACUAAAGUCAUACUCACCACCAACGGAACCCAUCAAACUUAAUGGACCUGACGAAGACGACAGUUUUCCUCCCAAUAUCAACAUGAAACCUUCUGCGGGCAUGCACCCCCCCUCGAUAGCCUCACAGAACAGGUCAUACCCUCCCAUGAUUACUGAGCUUCCUCCGCCUUCGCAGCUUGAUAUUGAAUGGUCCCCUGUCCUGACUCAAACUAACGAGCGUAUAUUAAAACUGGGAAACUUAACGGUAUCCACCUCCUCGGCUCCCCGUUCCCAAAAUAAGAAUGGCAAUGGGGAUGGCGAUACACCAAAAAAGUUAUCCCGUUUCUUCGGCGGGUCUACCACGAAGAAGCGCCAACGAUUGGUCCUAGUCACCUCCGCAGGCAGGGUAAUCAUCGUGCCGGCUGGUGGCGAGGAUAAACGGUCGAAAAUGGACAUCACGCUUCUAAGCCCAGACACCCAGUAUCGCAGCAUAACUGACUCCAAGGGUUAUUCAUCCUGGGCAAUAGAUACGCGCGAGAAGCAUCAUGUCUUUGAAGAGACUAAACCGAGUAGUGACGCGGCUGCCUCAAAACUUGCCACGCAAGAAUGGCUGGAAGUACUAGACCGUGCAAAGGAGUUGGCCUCCGUCUACUCCACCCCUAACUCUUACGCGGGCGACGACGGGUUUAGAGACCUGUCGUCCGGCGUAUCGAGCCACGCAAACACCUUAAACCAUGCUGAUGAUUCUCCUACCAGUCAAUAUCCACAAUCAAGCGGGAGAAACGCUCUGUCCAAACCGUCGCCAGAGGGGGACUCCAAGUCAAAGAAACGGUUCAGCAGAAGACACUCCAGGAAUGGCCUCUCAGCUGUCUUCUGA